UGGGUGGAUCAAUGGAAUGAGCCAAGAAUUACACAUAUUGAAGAAUAUUAAGAUGAUGACGAACUUUAUAAAAAUGGAGUCCUUUUUCAACACAGAAAACAAGAAUUGGAUCAUGGAUGAAGAAAAAUUUCAAGAUUGUGUUUCAUCUUCCUCUAGCACUUCUUCUGAAUCUGAUUUAUUUGAAGAAGCAAACUCAUCUGAUCAGCAUGCAAAUGGCUCUUUACAAGACAUGUCUUCUUUGCUUCAACAGCUUCCCAUCAAGAGAGGGCUUUCUGAGCAUUACAAUGGCAAGUCACAAUCUUUUACUUCUUUAUCAAACGUGAGGUGCUUAGAAGACCUUGCAAAACCGGAGAAUCCUUAUAAUUAGAAAAAGAAGCUAAAAUCGUGCAAAAGUGACGGAGGAAUUUUAGAAGGGUGCUACUGGGGUAGGCGGCCUUCGAGAAGCAAGAUUGCUCCAAGAAUUAAUCCAAAGAAGACAUCAAGAUCAGGUUCUUGUGGUUGUGUGAGGAGGAAUUCGAAGCCUCCAAUGCCUCCAACUCAUAGAUCAACUAGCUUUACAAAUCAAACCCCUUUGUUUACUUGAAGGAUUUAUGGCUUGAUUGAUACUAUUAGCAAAUCAAAUCUUGUUCUGUUGUGCAACAUGUAUGUGAAUAUAGGUCUUGAUAUAAAGUAUCUUCAAUUUCAUUAAUAAGACAGACAAGUCUUAGCUAGACGAUAA